AUGGGUCAAGCUGUAUCGAUAGCGCAUUCCACCCGAGUACCACGCAAGUUAGGGGACAAGCUCAAUGUGUUCAAUCACCCUAUGGAACAUGUGAAAGUACUGACUCCACCAUCGGAGCCAAGUACACGUAUCUCCGUGUGCCGAUGUUGGAGGUCAGCCAAGUUCCCAAUAUGCGAUAACUCACAUCAGAUACUCCAGGAACAAGGAAUCAAAAAAACGGCCAUAUGA